AUGGAAGUUUUAUGUUUGGAAUUAAUGGUUUUAAUGUUUAUAUUUGAUUCUCUGCUUCUCAUUUGCACUCAAAUUUGUUUCUCAUCAUUAAGUAGGCAUAAGAUAAUGUCAGAAGAAGACGCUCAAACGCGAAUUGGUAAAACUACCACCCUUGGAGCACUUGAUUCCGCUCGAGCAGAGGGACAGAGUUGGAGACAGGCCAAAAAACAAGGGCGCCCCCCUAUUGGCUUGUCUCCAACCCUGGCUAAAAAGCAGGGUUCUAUCGUAAAACUAAUGUUAAGAUUGGCUGUUUAUUUUGUACCACCAAAUCCCAGCAUCACUCGUUUCCCCUCACCUUUGCGGAGCCAAACUUGGGCAAAAAUUUUCGCACAAGAGCUUGAAAUUGCAACAUUAAUUCAUCAAGUUCUAGGGGAGAUUGGGGUUGACCUAUGGCUGGACAAGGUGCGCCAGGUGAAGAGGAGUUCAACCCAUGUGUUCUGCAACCAUGGGUCAACCGAACGGCACUGGAAUCUGCAACAUUACGAUUCUACUGGAUGGGCUUCCUGCUGGGCCAAUAUUUUUGGUGGUGGUGCACGACCUUGGGUGUCGCCGGAGGUUGAGAUUCCAGCAGAAGCAGUUUGCUCCAGAUCAGUUUUUGAGGAUAAUUUUUCAUCGAUUUUGGCUUAUGUUUGGUUUGUUGUUUGUGUGGUAAUUGAAGAGGGGAUUGAGGGCUUCACAUUGGUAUGUAAAUCCGGUGGUUUUGGAGGAGGUUGGCCGGAAUUUAGAGGGUCGGAAAGUGGCGCUCCAUUGAGUUGGCAGAAGACACUUGGGGAAAAUGGCAGGGCGUUUUCCGCAUUUUCGAACUGGACUAUAUUAUCAGAAAACUUGAUUGGUAAAGGCGGAAGCAGUCAAGUUUAUCGAGGCUGUCUACCAGAAGGCAAGGAACUGGCUGUGAAAAUUCUUAAACCUUCAGAGGAUGUGUUGGAGCACUUCGUUUCUGAAAUUGAAAUCAUCACUUCUUUGCAUCAUAGCAAUAUAAUUUCAUUGGUUGGCAUCUGUUUUGAGGAAAACAAUCUACUUUUGGUUUAUAAUCUUUUAUCCAGAGGAAGCCUAGAAGACAAUCUCCAUGGUCCUAAGAAAACUGGGAAUUCAUUUUGUUGGGAAGAUAGAUAUAAAGUCGCUCUGGGCAUUGCUGAGGCACUGGACUAUAUACAUAAUGCAGCAGUUGAACCCAUCAUUCACAGGGAUGUGAAAUCUUCAAAUAUCCUUCUUUCAGAUGCUUUUGAGCCUCAGCUUUCAGAUUUUGGGCUUGCUACUUGGGCUUCAAGUUCUUCGCGUCAUAUUGAUACCACUGAUGUUGCUGGAACAUUUGGCUACUUGGCUCCGGAAUACUUUAUGCAUGGCAAAUUGAAUGAAAAUAUUGAUGUUUAUGCAUUUGGUGUUGUACUUCUUGAGCUUUUGUCUGGUAGAAAGCCCAUUGAUAAUGAACUUCCAAAGGGGGAAGAAAGCUUGGUAAUGUGGGCAAAUCGAGUUAUGAAAGAUGGGAAAAUUUCACAGUUGCUAGAUCCUAACCUUACUAAUGCUUAUGACUACAUUCAAUUUGAGAAAAUGGUCUUGGCUGCAAUCCUUUGCAUUAGACGUGCGCCUCAAUCUCGCCCUCAAAUUAGCCUUAUCCUCGAACUCCUUCAAGGUGAUCCGGAAGCUCUUGAUUGGGCAACUGAGCAGGUCAAUGCUUCAGAUGAAGUAGAUAGUGUUGAUGGUGAGCAGUCAGGGACGAACCUCCAAUCUUUUAUUAAUCUUGCAUUGCUUAAUUUGGAGGAAGGCUCCGGUUCUAGUAGCAGCACCGAGCAAAACAUCUUGGUCGAGGAUUACCUCCAAGGAAGAUGCAGCCAUUCAUCAAGCUUCGACUGAAAAUUGGUUUUUUUCUAUAGUUUCCCGUCAACCAAAGGUUGUUCUGUGGUCUGAGUCUGUAUAUGAACGUGUUUAGCCUUGUUUAGUUUGUGUUACCACAAUGUCAGGUCUCGGACGCGACGGUUACAAUGUUUCGACCUCCUCCUUACCUGAUUUACGUCGCGGUCCGAGUGUCGGUUGGAUUGUAUUUUGUCAUAUGGAUCAAAAUUUGACAAUUUUUUGUUCAAGUAGUGAAAUUGCUGCUGAAUCUAUUGUUGGCAGUGGGCACCAUUAAAAAUUGCCCACAUUUGUAAUUACAGGUGUACGAGAUGUAAUCCACAAUUUCGAUAAUUUAUUGCAUGGAAAAUGAUAUUUAUGAAGCAGAUAUUCCUUUC